CCAAACCGAAAAACAGUUAUUCUUUUUGUUUAUAGGCUUUUCUAGCCAUAAUAAAAUUGUCGAUAAGAUAGAUAUGCCUGUGGUGUUAUCCGGAAUGGCUUCACUAAACGCUACAGCGAGCCUCCCACUUACGAACCACCACCGCCAAAGGCUAACGUGCGCAUCUUCGUCGUCACCUCUGGUAUGGACACAGAGCCGACGAGUGAUCUCCGUCUCCUUCCUCCUCUCCCGCCUCCUCCUCCUCCCUAACGAUGCCAUGGCGAGUACCUUGAUUGAUAAGUACGUCAAGAGGAAAAGACUUGAUCCACUUGAAGCAUAUGUACCACCAGUUAUUCUAGCUCAGCUACAGUUUCAAGAUCUUGAGAAAAUUUUGAGCGUGGACAAGCCUGAAUUCGAGGCAUGUAGAUCGGUACUCAGGUCUGGACCUGCUAGUUCCUUGCGUGUAAACAUUCGAGCCGUUGCUCAGUACGCUUCAGAUGCUGGUUAUUCCCAAACCGCGUCUAAUGACGUUGAUCGCUGCCUCAGAGCAUUGGAAGAAAUGGAUUCGCUGUUUCUACGUGCGUCGAGGAAGGAUCCAAACGCAACUGUUGAAUUGAUGAAGUCGCAGCUUGGAACAGCGUUAACAGCACUAGACAGCCUCUUACAAACAGUUCCUUCUGAAGUUCUUGAUAAAGGGAAAGCUAUGGUUGAAGUGUACAGAUCACCAUUCGAAGAAGACAAUGCGUCGGACUCCGCUGAGAUUCAGCAGCUCCAGUCAAUACUGUGAGCAACGGAGUUUUACUAUCCAGACACAGUUCUGAUUCCCUGUAUCUAUGAGAUCCUUUUGUUAACCUGAAUUGAAGUAUAACAUUGCAUAUACUAGAACCUGAACAGUGGGCUGCUAAUGUAAGAAAACGUUUCACCAAAUUGUGGUUGCUUAGUCCCAAGUAUUCAGCUUGUAUCAUGUUUUAACACUGUUAUUGAAAUUGAAUUAUGUCUAAUAUGAAAUUAUUUCAGGUCUUCUAAU